GACCAGGUCCAGGUGUCUGUAAAGCAAUAAAUAAUCCAAUUAAAUACGCCUGUUAAUAUAAAACAUGUCACAAACAAAUCGUACCUUGAAUUUGCAAAGCGUAUGAUUGAGACAUAUUUCACAGUAGUCGAAACAAAUAAUUACGUCCUAAAAAGGGACAGCUUGGGUGGUUCCUAUAAUGUUUACCAUAGAAAAAAUCGAAAUUUCCAAGAUGAUAGAAACAUUCUAUCGAGUUUACCAACACCGAAAUUAAUAAUUCCCAAAACACGUGAGUUUAUAAAUAGAAUAAAAUCAAAGCCUGCACUGAACAAGUUUGUCAAAAAGGAACCUGAAGAAGUUAUAAGAAAGCGACAUAUUAAAGAUGUAUAUACGUUUCCCCUUUUCAAAAGCACCAAAAGCAUUUCAACUUCUACACCAGGAAGAAAAGAACUGAAAAGGAAAUUGCCAGAAGAAUUUACUUCAGAUUCAGACAAUCUAAAUGAAUAUUUACAUUAUUUUGACGAAAUAGAAAAAAAACCGUUUCCAUUUUUCAAUGAUAUUGAGAAUGCUCCUAAAAGCUCAACAACUCAAAAUUUGGAUAAAUGGUAUUUAUACCAACAAAAUAACCAAUCAAAGCAUUCAAAGGAUAAGAUUUUUGAUUUGAGAAGCUUACCAUCUAAAAAUUGUCAAAAUUGUGAUAAAUGUGUUUGCCCGAGUAUGAAGAAGGCGGGAAAGGUUCCGCAAGUAGACAACGUCCAUGAUUGUACAAGAAGGCCUGAUUCGAUCACUACGAUGAACUUCUUUCCACCUUAUGAUAUAUUUAAUAUCCGAACGAAUACUCCUCCAAGCCAACUACCGACAAUCAGACAAGAUGGAAGUAUGAAUUUUCCGAUGGGAAUUGGCGUCCCAAUGGGAAUUCCGUUCGGUAUGCCAGCUGGUUUCGGAGGCAUGCCGGUAGGUGUUCCAGCAAAUGUUCCCGUUGCUUAUGCGCCAGGUGUACUGCCAACCUGUUGCCAAGAAAACCAUUUUAAAGAAGUAACAGCACACAAUAAGCCUUGUCGACACCGCAGCGAUCAUUUAUAUUACAACGAUGACGAUGAUACUGGGAAAAUUUAUAGAGACAACACUGAAGACUAUCACAAGAAGAAAUGCAGAAAUAACGGAGAAGUUUUUGUUAAUAUAGAUUACGAUGUCGAGGAAAAUAAAAAACCAAAUAAUCCGAACUUAUUAACGACGAACACGUUUAAAGACUUCAACCAAUCAUAUGGCGAUACAGUUAUCAAAAGAUGUUUCUGUUGCUCAUCGUCUAUUUCUAUUAUCAAUAACUCUCCCUUGUCAUUAUCGGUUAUUAUUUUGUUGUCAAAUACACUAAUGCUACAUUGAUUAAAUAUAUGAUUAAGAA